AUUAUCUCAUCGGCUGCCAGUGUUGUCGAGUUAAACCAUGGGGUCUCAUAUGAGUGAUCGUGUCGUGUGGUUAUGUCUAGGCGUCUCGCUGUUCUUCGCCGUGCGCGGGAUUGUCACGGACCUCCGCCGAGUGCGCGAAUUGACGGAAAUCAAGCAUGUUGAGAAGGAGGAUAAGAUGAUCAGUGAGGGGACGGAGGAUGCAUUGAACUUAGAUACCUUGCUAAAGCUCUCCGAUAGCACCAGCUAUGAUCUCCGUGCGGCGGCUCUGCGCAUUAUUGCUGAACGAUCUACCAAGGGCGAAACACGAGAUUUGCUUCUCAGAGACCUUGCAACCAGGAACAAACAACGGCGGGGCAAAGCACUGACUGCCAUGCACUUUCUUGUUUCUAACCGCGCUCUCUCACGAACCUCCGUAUGCAGCCGAUUGAAAGACCCCGCCACCUACAACGCACUCAUUGACUGCCUGUGCAUCUUGACCGACGAACACGUCGAAGAAACAACAACCACGAUCUCCCCCAUCCUGCCAAAGACAAGACCUCCUGGUGAGAAGAAGGCACUUAGUAUUUUGAACAUCAUUCUGCAAGAGAAUGUACCUGCCGCAUUAGAAGCCGGCAUCGUGAGCCGCUGGCUAGUCAACUACCCGUUCCCGUGCGCCCUAUCGGAGCCCUCCCGAAGACAGGAUGUGGUGCUUCUCAUGAAGACUUGGUGGAUGGAUGAUACCGUGAUGAGUGCUAUCUUCGGUACCUUGUCUUCCCAUCCCGAGGGAGCCAAGCAGCUGCGCAAGUACGGGUUGAUGGGCAGCUUGAUGGAAGAGAAUGAUCAGGAUGACUACGAUAGCGACGUGUGGAUGGUGGAUGGGGAAGAUACGGCCGGGACUAGACGAAUGCCUGGGCGGCGUCUUCGCACCGCUGAAGAACAAGCUGUUAGACGUCGCAGACGAGAAGCCAUGGUCUUGAGCGAUGGGGGACGUCCAUUGGGGAACGAUGACAUUAUACAGUUGCCUGUUUCCGAAUGAUGAACGAUGCGCUACUUGGAUGAGGGAUCGAUUAGCGAUGAUGGUUGCUUUGCAUGUUCUUUAUGAUACCCUUGGUUUUGAGUAUGAAAGUCGCCAUAUGUGUCGAUGACGAGUACUAUAGUUUAAUAUACAGCAAAUAUAAAUCUAC